AUGAGGUUACGCACGCAGAUUCUAUCUUUUAUAUUCGCCAACUUUUUACUAUCAGGUUCGGACGCCUGGGUUAAUAGGUUUCACGAGCAGUCAUUGGUUGCCAACGACUCUGGCUUCCAUGAUGUAUCGACAGGUGACGACCUGGACUCGUCGUUUUUGACCGUGUCUCAAGACGAGGAAUUUGAUGACGUUGACGUUACGCUGGAGGAUUUUGAAGAUGAUGAAGAAGACUCCUUUCUACAGCGUGGAGAUGUUCCCCAAACGAGUACUACUGAGGAUUACCAGACGAUCCACAAAAAGUGCAAGAAGUGGGAACCACUCACCCAGUGUGCCAACAAGUCCACCAUUUCAUGUUUGGACCCUGACCAGAAGGACUUGACUCUACCAUGCUUUGAAUUCACAAAUAACAAGUGGUCACACUGGUCACCAUGCGUAGGCAAUUCCCAGUUUAGGUUCUUGUUGGACACUGUUACUGGAGGUACCGAGUACCGUUCAUGCACCGAGAGUGAAAUGGAAGAACAAAAAGAGGAACGACCAGCAGCAGUAGUACCACAACCAGACCACAAGACCCUCGAAGAGGCCCAGAGAUUGGCCAAGGAGGCAAAGGAUAAGGAAGAACAAUUGGCAAGGGAAAGAGCAGAGCUGGAACGUAAGAAGGCUGAGCUUGAACAACUCGUCAAGAAUGCCCAGAGUGCAGAAGAACGCGCCAAAGCGGAGAAAAGAACCCUGGAAGAAGCAAAGGAGCAACAAAAGAACCAACAUGAGCAAGAGUUGAAAAGGUUGGAGGAGUUGCGCAGAGCUCAAAAGUCGGAACAUGAACAACAGCAAGACCUGAUCCUUAGGGCCAAGGAAGAACUCCAAAGGAGGGAAGAAGCCCAUAAACUCAAGGAACAGGCUGCCGAAGAAAAGAGGAUUAAGGAUGAGGCUGAUAGGUUGGCCAAGAUUGAAGCCGAGGAAAAAGCAAGACUUGACAAAAUCAAACAAGAGGACCAGGAGAGAAAGGAUAAGAUUGCCGCAGAAGAAGAAAAGCUAAAACAAGCCAGAGAGGCAGAGCAACAGAGAUUGGAUGCAGAGAGACAAGCACUUGAGAAAGAAAGACAGGAUGAACUUGAAAAGAGAAAAGCCCACGAAGAUGAUAUUGUAAAGAGAAGCCUAGAGGCAAAUCGGGCACUCGAGGAUCUUCAAGCCACUAGAUCCGAGGUUGAAAAGACACUCAGUCAUAAUAAGGAGGCAAAGGCUGCACUAGAAAAGGAGAGAGCUGCAUUUGACGCGGCUGUCGCCAAACUCAGGGAACAAGAAAAGUCUGUAGAACAGUCUGCUGAGGAUGCCAAAAAAGCCCUCGAGCGCGCAACAGUUGCACAAGAGGAUUAUGAAAGGAGGCUCAAGGAUGUUCAAGAUAGGGAGUCUGCUGUUAAAAAGAGAGAGGAUGAUGUUACAACAAAAUCCGCUACUGUUGAUAGCAAGGAAAUCACCGUCAAUGCAAAGGACGAAGAGCUCAAGACUAAACAAAAAUCCCUUGAGGAGAGAGCUGUUACUCUUGCGGCUGAUGAAAAGAAGGUGAAGGAUAGAGAAAAUGCCGUAAGCGACAAAGAAAAUGCUGCCACCAAAAGGGACGUCGAGUUGGCCGAAAAGGAAAAGCUCCUCAAUGAUAAGGAAGCUAACCUCAACACUAAAGAGAAGGACUUGGAGAAGAAGGAAAAGGAACUAGAGGAGAGACGCACAGCUGUUGAGCUUGGUGAAAAGGAACUAAAGGCUAAGGUAGCAGCUGCUGAGGAGACCGAUCGCAACUUGGCAGAAAAGGACACCAGACUCAAGACCAGAGAGGCUGAGGCUGCCAAGAAGGAGGCCAAGAACCUUGAGGAAUCUGUAAAAUUAGAAGGAGAAGCCAAGACACUCAAGACAAAGACCGAAGAACUCAAUGAAGAGAGCCGCAAGUUGAUUACUAAGGAGGGAGAACUCAAGGCUCUUGAGCAGACCUUGGAGGAGAGAAAGACUAGAGUAGCCGCAUCCGAAACCGCAUCUGAUAAGAGAGUCAAGGAUUUGGACGCCAGAGAAGCCCAGAUCAAUGCUGAUGAGGCUAGAGUAAAGGAGGGACUUGAGGCAAGAAGACGUGCUGUUGUUAGCAGGGAAAAUGCUGUCAAGAUCCAAUUGGAUAACUUGCUCGAAGCUCAAAAGGGACACAAGACAAAGAGUGCAGAGCUACUCGCUCUUGAAACUAAGCUCAAUAACCAACAAGCACAGUUGGAUACUACCAAGCAACAACUCGACUCUAAGGAGAAGGAACUAAAGACUAGCCAUGAACAGCUCGAUUCCAAGAAGAAGGCACUAGAUGAGGCUGUAGAAAAGAGCAAGAGGCUCGAAGAGAAGCAAAAGGAAAUGGAAAAACAGGCCGAAGAGAAUGCCGAGAACUUGAACACUGCCAAAAAAGAUCUUACCACCGCCCAGGCUCAAAACACUGCCCUUGAAAACAGAAAGAAAGAAUUAGAAACUGAAUUGGAGAAAUACAAGACUGAUCUUGAGGAAAGCAAGAAUACCGUCACCACUAAGGAGUCUGAGUUGAACAAGCUCAAGAGCGAUUUGGAAAGCAAGGCAGACCAAUUGCAACAAAAGACUCAAGAGGCCAUUGAAAAGCAAAAGGUUAUUGAAACAAAGACCAAGGAGCUCGAGAUGAAGAGUGAACAAUUGUCCUCAAAGGAUUCUGAACUUGAAGCUAAGAAGAAGGAAUUAAGUGACAAGAAUGAUGAACUCUUAAUGAAGAGCAAGGAACUUGACAGCAAGGAGAAGGAUCUACUUGCCAAACAAGUACAGAUUAUGAAGGGUGAUGAAGAAAGGACAAAGUUGUCCAAUGAUAUUGUCGCUCUAAAGAAGUCCAGAGAUGAGAUCACAGUUGAAUUGGGUAAGGCUAAACUCGCUUGCUCCGGAGCCAAACAACUUGAGGAUCAUACCCUAGCCACUCAUGAAGAAGGGGAUGCCCAAGAUACCGAAUUGGAUCUAGAACACCCCGACGUUCAUGAGGAGGGACAUGUUGAUUGGGAGGGACAUGAAGAGGAAGAUCAACAACAAGAGGGAGAAGAACACGACCAAGCUGAAGAAGGUGGCGAGAAUGAACAGGAACAUGUAGAAAGUGAAGAUGAACAGAAUUCUAGAGAUGAACAAGCUUGGCUGCACGAUAGGCAAGCAAAGGAACUUGCAGAACAUAUAAGAGCAAAGAGAGCAAAGGAAGGUACCUCCUCCACCAAAAAGAGAACAGUUACAACUAAUGUAGCUACUGCCUCUAUUGUCGCUGGUGUAUUCUUGCUUGUUGCCGGUGCCGCAUAUGGAUUUAAGAGGAGAAAUACCGAGUACCUCGAGUUUUGUGACGAUGUAGAUGCCGACGGAUACGCAGAUGAGUCCGACGAUGAACAAGUCGAUGACAGCGAAACCAAGAUCAGAAUCGAAGAAAGCGAAUUCUGGUCAAAGUCUAGCAAUGUUUAA